AUCACCACGACACCAACCAUCGACUUUCCAUCAAAAAGACCUCGAAAUCCAUCUCCGCCACCCCCAUUAAGACCAGAAUCGCAUCCGUUUUCUCGAGAAACGGAUGUCGCGAUCGCAAUAUUAUGAGUGAGGUUGGGGUUGCCGACCGCACACGGCUUUUACGAUCAAAACGAGCGGAACUCAGUGGCAUUGUUACGUCGCGCAAGAGGAAACUGCGCGAGCUGUAUGCUGUUUGCGACAAUAAAUUCCCCAUUCCCCAAGUCGACCUCUCGAAUCCCGACGCGCCGCCCGCCGACUUUCACGAAGCUCACUUCCUCGAUGUCACUGACAUUUUACAAGAUCGACUCUUUAAUGCAACAAAUCUCCCCAACCAAGGUCGAUCACGAUCGUACAAAUUAAAGGAGACAUCUCCGGUAAGGAAGGGAAGCACCGAUGCACGAAUAAAUGAUGCGUCGCGAAAGGCGGCCAAGUUGCAGCGCGAUGGGUCCAGGUCGAGACAGAGUCGAGCACCAACUCCAAGCUCGAGGAGCGAUGGAGGACUUUCCACAGUGCCAAAUGAUACUAUUAUCGAUGGGUCGACCGGCAAAGGUGUGCCAAUGCAAAGAUCGUCUUCGAAGGGCUCGCAGACCGAUUUGCCUGCCGAAUCAUCCUCCGUCUUGAACGAGAUAGUAGAGGAGACUUUCGAGAAUGCGAAGCAGCCCACACCUUCCAUGCCAGAUGAUGUUGUGCCAGCAAAGGACUUGGAGAGUGACAGGAUCAGGACGAGAGUAGAGAGUAGGCCGAAUAGUCCAGGCGUGGAUCCAAGAGAAGCGAUGCCCAUAUCUGCCGAGGACGCUGCUCAACUACCUGGACCUAUCGUUGAAGGACUUGGUUCUCAUGAUGGUCAACAUAAGGCUGCUACGGCUCACUUACCACCAAGGGAAGUUCAAGAGACGCACUUGCAUGAAUUAGAAAAGGCAAGGCAACUGAAGGAGCAGCAAGCACAUCUAUCGAUCCAUCCACCUCGAGAUAAUGGAAGAAAUGCAGAAGCCCUCUCGUCUCCUGGCUCGACCAUCGAUGCUCUCUCAGCCACUACUCCUGCUAUGCAUGAAGCAUCAACGGACACCAGCCCAGAUAAUGAGAGUCGCUAUGAUGCGGAUAGGAUGGACAGAGACGAUGAAGCUGCAACCCCUCCUCAGCUGAAGCCUACACCAGAGGAAGCUGCCGACAAAGCUGAGCAUGAUAGGAUCUUGCAAGCCCGAAUAGACAUUGCACGAGAUGGGAUCAUGGGAAGUAGUCCCAUUCCAGCGAGGGAAGAAUCACGGGAAGAACAAGCUCCUGUAUCUACACCUGCUGGUGGUUCGCUGGAAGACACAAGGCCAUUUCAGAGUACCACAGACCAACUCACGAAAGCAGCUAGUGAGAUUGUUAACGACAAUGUGGAUGCCGAGAAAGAAACGAUGGGAGGUCCAGCCUCAGACAUGCCUCUGAAUAUGUCAGAAGAUACUGAACCCACGUCGAAUACCGGAAAGCAGACAGAGAUUGCGGAUUCCGAGGAAGACCAAACCCCAGUUGCAGACCUAAUGGAUGUGGACGAGAGCGAGAACAAAGUGAAUCAACCAGCGCCUGAUAAGACAGUAGUCAACGAUUCCUUCGAGAGUACUUCUGCUGGUGGAAGCACAACAGCAACACCGGCUCCUAUUCCACAAUCGACAGAUCUAGCAAAGGAGGUCGAUGAUUCACAGAAGAACUCAGUGACUCCCACAUCGUCUACUCCACGUAGGACACCUUCGACUCCAGCAGUUCCUCCUCUGGAGAGAAUGACUACAAGAGUAGCUUCUGGAGCUAUGCGUCACAAGUCUGUAUCUGAGAUUCUGGGAGAGAUUCCAAAGCCAGCAACGUCGUCGAACCAGGAUCGAAGGACCGAAUCUGAAUCCGCCGGAAAUUCUCAUACUCCAUCAAGAAGCACUACUCCUCAAUCACCAGGAGCCCGACUUCGGAUGAUGGAGAAGAACAAGGAACGCAGCAAGCUAUCAACAGUAGUGUUUGCGGGACGACCAUCGAAACCUGCAGCACGUGAUAAUGCAUUGACCACCAAUGGAUCGUUACCACAGAACCUGAAGGACGACUACUUUAUGCCCCUAUUUCUCGCAACAGCAUCGGCAGGAAAGAGCGGUGGACAAUCUCUUGACGCUCUUAUAGGCUCAGCUCACAAGACCAUUACAACCUCGAAUGGAUAUGUUCCCAUUCACGAAAAUCAAACAGCAAAGGUGCUGAAGCGAAUUUACAAUCUUCAAUCCUCGAACAAAUGGGCAUUGAGACAACCGAAGCGUGCACCAGAACCUGUCAGACAAACAACUCACUGGGAUGUGUUACUUCAGGAAGCCAAGUGGAUGCGAACAGAUUUCCGAGAGGAACGAAAGUGGAAGAUGGCUGUGGCAAGGAAUCUGGCUUUUGCUUGUGCCGAAUGGGUGGAGGCAAGUUCAGAAGAUCGGAAAUUGCUACAGGUCAAAGCAAUACCUCCAAAACCUGUUGAACCCGAGUCGAGAGACAUUGAAAUGGGCGAGGCAUCGAGUCAAGCUGCUGCACACCCAACCCCAGAUCUAGUCGCUUCAGGAGAGUCGGAUUCUGCAAUGGAGGAUUUUGAUGAGGCGCCGAGUUUGCAUUUGAUGGAGACCGUUGCACCAGCGGCGAUUUUCGCUCUACAAGAUGACGAGGUGGUGUGUGCUUUGAGAAGCUCACCAACUACUGACAAGUUGUUGGCUGAGUUGCCUAUGUAUGGUGCUCCUCUUGCAAUCCCGCAGUCGAUUUUGCCAACCUCCGACCUCGAUCCAGAUCGCUUUUGGCGACGACCAGCCCUUCCUCUGAGCAAAUAUGUUGAGGGGCGAAUGGAGUUGAAAGUCGAAGGACCACCGAGGAAGAAAAGCCGAUAUGACUAUGACGAAGAAGAUGAUGAGGAAGACCAUGUUGUCUUUGGGGAGCAGGGAACUAAACGACCAAUUCUUCCUCCUGAAAAUACAGACGUCGCCUUGUUCAACCCAGAGCACAAGCAUAUUCGAGACCGCAUUCAUUCUUCACAUCAGUUCAGACCACCAUCCGAAUUUCCCAUGCCACUCCAAAGCUUCUUUGAGAACCGAAUGGCUUCUCAAUGGACUGCUGAUGAGGAUGUUCAACUCAAAAGUCUCGUUCGCGAAUAUCAGUACAAUUGGUCUCUCAUCUCUAGCAUGUUGACGUCCAAGUCAAUAUGGUCUUCAGGCCCGGAACGUCGAACUCCGUGGGAGUGCUUCGAAAGAUGGAUCAAUCUCGAAGGUUUGCCUGCUGAUAUGCAGAAGACUCAUUACUUCAGGGCAUACUCUACCCGUAUCGAGACUGCUAACCGUAACGUGGUGGCGCAGCCAGCUCCGGCGCCAGCCCAAGCUAACCCCAAUGCACAACUACAACAACCAGCUCCUAGGCGUAGACCGACCACUAGUCUCCGGGUCGAUCGCAGAAGAAAUAACAAGCAUCUUACACUCGUUGAUGCGAUGAGAAAAUUGGCAAAGAAACGAGAGACCAACAUCCAGAAGCAGCAACAUGCAGCUGGAAUGGCAGCUAUGAGAAAGGCACAAGAGCCACAUGCUAAUGCGAAUCGGAUCCCAAUCCAGACACCGCAAGACUUUAGUCGAGUCAAGCAUGAGCGUGAGGAAUCAUUCAGGCUUCGUCUUGAAGAGCUCAACCGGCGGCAGGAAGCACAGAGAAGGGUUCGUACCAACAGGGUCUCCCAAUAUCUGAAUAUUCGUAAUUAAUUUGAUAUCAGGCGUUGCAACAGCAGCAGAGGAACGGUCUCCCAAAUCCUCAGCAGCCGCCUCCCAACGGAGCUGCUCCUCGACC